AUGGCACCAUAUGAGGCACUAUAUGGCAUAAAGUGUAGAUCGCCAGUUUGUUGGACAGAGGUUGGUGAUAGAGCUAUUUAUGGGACCAAACUUGUGCAAGAAACGACUGAGAAGAUUAAAAUCGUUCAGCAAAGGCUUAAAACUACACAGAGCCGACAGAAAAGUUACGCGGAUCAGCGAAGAAAGGACUUAGAGUACGAAGUGGGAGAUCAUGUAUUCAUCAAAGUGACCCUAAUGAAGGGGCAUAUGAGAUUUAGUAAAAAGGGAAAACUAAUUCCUCGCUACAUUAGACUGUUUCCGAUCCUUGAGAGGUUAGGUCUUGUUGCUUAUCAUAUUGCCUUGCCACCGGGGAUGGAACAAGUGCAUAACAUUUUCCAUGUAUCCAUGCUUCGUGGGUAUCUUAGAAAUCCGUUCCAUGUGAUUGAUUACCACUGGAUUGCUCUAGAUGAGGAUAUGAUGUAUGAAGCAUGGCCCAUGCAAAUCAUUGAUCGGCUAGUGAAGCAAUUGAGAAACAAAACUAUCUCUAUGGUAAAGGUUGAGUGGAGAGAACAUUAUGGGAAGGAGGCCACUUGGGAGAAAGAGGAAGAGAUGCGACAACGGUAUCCGCAUUUGUUUCCAUCUGAAGGUAACUUAAGUUUGGAGGACUAA